GUACAGACCUUGAUAUUAAACCAACCCAGUUGGCUAAACUUCUCAAAUACCACAAGAUCAAGUGUUCUAGAAGUUCCUAAAGAUAAGCAUGUCAUUGAUCUUAUCAUAGCCCAAUGCAACAUUUCACAGGAGCAGAAGGCCCCCAUCAAUUCAAUCAACAUGGACGCAAGCUUCCCUGUUAAUUUAAAUGUGAUUAGUGAAAUUCAAUCAAAGCCUUCUUUUUCAAGUGAUGAAGAAAAUGAUCAAAAGGAUCCUAACAAUCAUUUUCAGCCACCAGUUUCACCCGAAACAGCAUUCGGAAAUUUGAAUCUACCUUACAAUAUCUCUGUUGACCAAGUUCACCUAUACGAUUCUCCAAUGGACUUCCUUCAGCAAUGCAAUUUCACUUCUGAAAACAGAACCAAGAAUGGCAUCAACCAUGAAGGAUCUCACAAUCCAUCUGUUUCUGACAAAGCCAUAAGCCCAUUCAAAUCUUGCCCUCAGAAUGAGUACCAAUUCGAGAUGAAUGCAUUACAUCAGUCCAUGAUGAGCAAUUCAUCUAACAUGCAUAUGCAGUUUAUGGAACCACCUUCACACAAAGAGCAGCAGGGGAACGAUAAGUAUUCCAUCAAUCAUGAAACGAGAAGAACAAAUUCAAUCUCAGAUUGCAGUGAUCAGUCUGACGAUGAGGAUGAUGCAAAGUAUAAGCGAAGGACUGGAAAUAGGCCUCAGUCGAAAAACCUUCUUGCUGAAAGGAGAAGAAGAAAGAAGCUUAAUGAUAGGCUCUAUGCUCUUCGGGCUUUGGUCCCUAGGAUUUCCAAGAUGGAUAAGGCUUCUAUCCUGGGGGAUGCAAUUGAAUUUGUGAAGGAGCUGCAGAAGCAAGUAAAAGAUCUCCAAGAUGAGCUUGAAGAGCAUUCAGAUGAUGGAGGUAGAAAUACAGGCACGCCUGGCAACCACCACAACGUCCAACCCGAAAUUCUAAACCAACAUGGAAUCGAUGUUGGGCCUAAAAGGGAACAUGAUAAAGCUCCAAAUAGCAUUCAUUUGGGAGAAUCAAGCAAUGGCAGUGUCUCGAAACAUAACCAACACUCGGAAAGUACUAAUGAUAAGGCACAGCAGAUGGAGGUGCAAGUGGAAGCAGCGCAGAUAGAUGGGACGGAAUUCUUUGUGAAGGUAUUUUGCGAGCACAAGCCUGGGGGGUUUGUGAGAUUAAUGGAGGCAUUGAACUCUCUGGGACUAGAAGCAACAAAUGCAAAUGUAACUAGCUUCAGAGGCCUUGUGUCCAAUGUUUUCAAAGUAGAGCAUAAAAGGGACAGCGAAAUAGUUCAAGUUGAUCAUGUGAGAAACUCCUUGCUGAAGCUAACGCGAAACCCAUCCCGAGGGUGGCCUGAGAUGGCUAAAGCAUCAGAGAAUGGUGGCAGCACCAACUAUCAUCAUAACCAGCACCACCUGCUCAACCACCAUGCCAGUUCCUACCACCACCCCCUACUCCAUCUUCAUAACUAAGAUUUAAUUCCAGAGUAUCAAAUGAGAAGAACCUCGAACUUGUUUCUUUUACUUUCUAUAUGACCUUAUGUGGACAUCUUCUACAAACUAUGUAUUAGUCUUUAGGUAGUGUAGACAAACUUCAUGGGUGUGUUUAACCUUUAAGAAAUUAUGUAUGCACGAAGACUGUUGCAUAAACAAAGAAUGAGAGGGUGAAGGAUACGGAUAGGGUAUCUCUAACUUCCUCUGAUUAGUUAAUGCAA